AUGAUUCGCCGUCAAGCUCGCGAACGGCGUGACUACCUUUAUCGUCGCGCCCUUACUUUACGAGACGCCGAGCUCACCUCAAAGCGGGCUGCGCUGAAAAGCUCUCUUGCGUCCGGAAAGCCUCUCGACUCGGCCGUUGCAAAUGACAAAACCCUCAGGAAUGAUUUCAAGUACGACGAAUCUCGAGCAGAUCGGACAGCGGAGGAGGAAUUAGCUCUGGAUGAUGAAUACCAACAGCUUUCUGGAGUCGUGGACCCACGUAUUCUGGUCACAACCUCGCGCGAUCCUUCGUCGCGACUUUCGACUUUCUCCAAAGAGAUCAAACUGCUACUUCCCACGUCAAUUCGCUUGAACCGUGGUAAUACGGUGCUGCCAAACAUGGUAUCCAGUGCCCUCGCACAAGGCUUGAGUGAUCUGAUUCUUCUUCACGAGGCAAGCUAUUUUGUGUACGCCAGUCAUCGUGGCACACCCACUGCUCUAACAGUUUCUCAUUUUCCUCAUGGUCCCACAGCUUCCUUCUCCCUUCAUAAUGUGGUACUGCGUCACGACAUCCCUAAUGCCUCCCGCGGAACCGUUUCCGAGUCUUACCCACACCUGAUAUUCGAAGGUUUCAGCACCAAACUGGGUCUGCGCGUUGUCCAGAUCCUCAAGCAUCUAUUCCCACCCCGCGAAAGCUCAGCUAAAGUCGGCAAUCGAAUCGUCACCUUCAAGAAUAUUGAAGACAGCAUCGAAAUGCGCCACCACGUCUUCGUCAAAACUGGUUACCAGAGCGUCGAGCUUGCCGAAGUAGGGCCACGGAUGACGAUGCGACUCUUCGAGAUUCGAGCUGGGACACUUGACAAUAAAGACGGGGAUGUUGAGUGGCAUAUGAACCAGUACACUAGAACAUCCAGGAAGAAAGACUAUCUGUGA